CUUGUCUGUUAUCAGCGUCGUAGGGUAGAAAGUGAUAGCUGGAUAUGUGUGCUACAGGAAGUAUUAAUAGUUAGUGAGGCUGAAUUAAAGUGUUCGUGGUAGUUCUGGGUGCAAGGACUUUACAAUGUUCUGAACAGUGAAAUACAGUGGAACUCCAGUUCUUGUCAACAGCUAUCUGACCUUAAGGUACUUUUAACAGAUGUGAAUAAAACACAAGGUGUAAGCCCUUUGAAUUGUACGAUUGCUGUUGACAGUAAUUGUGUGAUUUCUGUGGAGGAAAAUAGGACAUAACAUAAACCUUGUUUUCUAGUAAGGAACUUGUUCCAUCGAAAUUUGAAGAUCCGUGUUACCGCUCGUGAAUGAAUCCCUCUGGAAAUUAGUAGCCCAUGGCAACCAUGGAAGGGCCGGACGAGAACUCGGCCCUGAUUGCGGAUGACUUCAGUGACUUAUCCGAACAAACGUACAUCAACCUAGGCUAUGGCACAGCUAGUGACCUGCCUUCGCAGCCAACGGCUCCCCCGGCGGAGGGCGACCCCGAGUCUGACAUAGAAGAGCUGCGAUUCCGGCUGCAGUACGCCUUCCUUGACAAGGAGUAUGACGCAGAAGCGGAUGUGUACACGGCGUUACAGCGGCGCGGCACAGAGGAGGCGGACGCCCUCCUUAAUCAACUCAACACUACACCCCUGUCUAUGGCCAGGAAACUUGACAUACAUAAACUACUGCGGAGCGGAGACCGGAACUUGAAGGGGCGACAGGUCGGCAGCAAGCGAGCCCAUAAGAAAGAGGGAGCAAGUAAACUUUACAGGAAUUACCAGUUGUUUGAAGGCGCCAUCACACAAAUAACAGCGUAUUUCGGGAGUAACGUAUCCUCAUACUUCCGGUUCGUACGGACUCUGGUGUACAUCAACCUGCUUAUGGCCGUGCCGCUUCUCGCCACCCUCACGGCACCGGAAGUUGUAGACGGCAAUUUCCGAAGUAACGUUACAUAUGGCGGCCACUUUGGCGAGCUGUCUAGCAGCCUGGUGUUUUACGGGUUAUACGGGAGACCCUUGGAUUCCGCUACAACAUGCCGCUGGCCUACUUGUUCACUGUGUUUGUGUUGUAGGGGCGAGCUGUCUAGCAGCCUGGUGUUUUACGGGUUAUACGGGGAGACCCUUGGAUUCCGCUACAACAUGCCGCUGGCCUACUUGUUCACUGGCGAGCUGUCUAGCAGCCUGGUGUUUUACGGGUUAUACGGGGAGACCCUUGGAUUCCGCUACAACAUGCCGCUAGCUUACUUACUCACGUGGAUCUCCUCAAACAUGCUCGCAUUCCUCGCCAUCGUGUCCAUUAUGAUAGUGCGAUACCGAAGAAGCAAGCUAGCAGACGACAAAGGCAAUGAGUUCAGUUACAGCUGGCGGGUGCUUGCGGUCUGGGACUACUCGGUCAGCAGCCGGCAGGCCGUCAUCGACCAGCGGACCUCGCUGCGGACUGAAAUCAAAGAAAUGGUUCGAGAUGAGAAAACAUCACAAAAGGUCGACAUGUGUAAAAAGUGUAUGCGCUGGCUUGGACGGCUUGUCAGUAACAUUGUGGUACUUGCUCUAUUGGUGGGAAGCGGUCUCCUUAUCUACGAAGUAGCCGACGCAGACAAUAUUCUUCCGGACUCCGCCUCCGAUGGUCUCAAGGACCUCUUCCAAAAGUAUCAGUUGACGGUGGUGGUCGCGGGACUCAAGUUCCUGGUUCCGCUCAUCUUCCAGCAGCUGGUCCGCCUCGAGGGUUUGCAUCCCCGGACAGAGACAAAACUUACACUCGCCAGGACGACAGUGUUUUAUAUCGCCAGUUUACUGGUGUUUGUGACGUCGCUGUAUGAAGUGACAGACGAUUGCACGGCCAAUUCAACGCAGUUGCAGGUUGAGGCCGGGCAGGGUAACGUGUCGUGCUGCUGGGAGAACGAGGUGGGAGAGGAAGUAUUCAAGGUCGUACUGGUUGACCUUGGCAUCGUUAUUGCUCUCGGCUCGAUCCUCAAUCUCGGCAGAGCUCUCGUCGUCCGAUGUUCCUGCAAGACAAUCGGGUAUAGCCGGUUCGAUAUCGUGUCUAGUAUACUGGACGCAGUGUAUGGACAGGGACUUGUCUGGCUGGGCCUCUACUUCUGUCCCCUCCUUGCAGCCGUAGGAGCCAUCAAACUCGUUAUGCUCUUCUACUUCAGAUACUUCCUCGCCAAGGUGUCGAUGGUGCCUCCCCAGCAGCUGUUCCGGGCCUCGAGCACCGGCAACUUCUACCUCGCCGUCCUCCUCCUCAUGCUCUUCAUCAGCCUUUUUCCAAUGGCAUACGCCGUUAUCGAGUUCCAGCCGUCGAGCGAGUGCGGCCCAUUCCGGGUGUAUGAUCGGCCUUACCAUGUGAUCCGGGAGCUGGUGGGGGAACUUCCGGAAUGGCUGGACGACACGCUAACUUACCUUGGCACGCCUUCUGUCUUCGUUCCCAUUCUUAUACUCCUCAUCCUGGUGGCGAUCUUCUUCAAAGUGAAGGCGUCCUCUUACAAGCGGCUUAUCGGGGAGCUGAGACGGCAGUUGAAGUUUGAACGACGGGUGGAGAAAAGGCGGAUCUUCGCCACAGGCAGGGCCAUGUCCGGUGGCAUGUUAAGCCGGUACAGUUCCCAAGAUACGAUAACCACGCCCAUGUCCACACCCGGGCCGCGCCUCCGUCGGGCCUCGGCCAAGUCCGACCACCACCGCCCUAUACAGGAGGAGCAGAGCCUCUAAACUGGACACACACGACAGGCGUCAUUAUAGUUUGAGACUGCGUGCCCGCUCAUGGCUUCUAAUCGAUCUUGUUGUACUUAGCGAUAUUUUGAUACUUGUUUGUUAAAAAAGUAACACAAUGCACGUACCCCUUGCAAUAUCAACAGUCUGGCAAGGUGGACGGAUAGUGGGGCCAUCUUAUCAGAUAGCGUUCCAUAGAAUUGCGUAUGAUCAAGAAUUUCAAUUGAAAAUUAUGUGGUAGUUAAAAAUUAAUUUGAAAGCGUUACACGCAGAUUCAAAUAAUCAUUGCUUAAAAUACCAAUCGAAAAGUUUGAUAUACAUUGUAAUAACUUACUAGUAAUAUCGACUAAGAAAAGCGAUCGUACGAAUGUAAUAACUUACUAGUAAUAUCGACUAAGAAAAGCGAUCGUACGAAACAUGCGUUGAUUAUACAGCCCCACUAUCUCUACACAUUGGGCACCAAAGGUAGGCAGGGUGUCGGUAUUGUCAUUUUUGUUGUAUUUGUGAUGUUAUUUAUGUUUUACCUUUUUUGUGAUACCUUCUUUUAUGAAACUCAAUGAAUA